CAGCUCUAGCACUACAUUUGUAAAUCAGCUGUGGGCGUCUCGCUCUCGACCGGGCUGUUUUUCCUCUAGAAAGCUGGCAUCAGUGAUAAUCAAGUUCAAGACUUCGCAAGGGGUCUUCAAUUAAAAAUACCGGAUUUUUCGACAGCGCACUCGCAUUAAUCAAUGGCCGGAGAGAUAAGUGAACUGGAACUGGAAAACAUGACCUUAUCAGGCGAUCUCAAGCUGGAUGAGCAAAUAAAAAACUGGCUCAAAUGGGAUGGCAAUUCAAAAACAAAGGCUGAAAUAUCGCAAGCCGUUAAGAAUCAAGAUUGGGAUGCACUCCGGAAUCGCCUUUGUAACCGUAUAGCGUUCGGUACGGCAGGUUUGCGUGCUGAAAUGCGAGCUGGCUUCGAUUCCAUGAACGAUUUGGUUGUUGUGCAAACCGCCCAGGGACUGUGCGAAUAUAUCAAGGAGCAGUUUCCGGACAAGUCGUCUUGGUCUGAACGUGGCGUCGUUUUUGGCUAUGAUGCUCGCUAUAACAGCCAACGCUUUGCGGAGCUAUCGGCCAUUGUCUUUGUGCAGAACAAUUUCCGUGUGCAUCUCUACAAGCGUUUUGUUGCCACACCCUUGGUUCCAUAUGCGAUCACAAAGCUCAAUUGUCUGGCAGGUGUGCAGGUAACUGCCUCCCACAAUCCAAAGCAAGACAACGGCUAUAAGGUCUAUUGGAGCAACGGUGCCCAGAUUAUACCACCACACGAUGCUGGCAUUCACAAGACCAUACUCAAAAACUUGGAGCCCAUUGGCGAUUAUUGGAAUACAAAUGUGUCUGAAUUAUGGUCGAAGGAAUUACUGAUCGAUCCAUAUGACAAAGUCGUGCCAUUUUAUUUUGAAGCGCUUAAAAAAGAGUUUCCAUGCUCAUUUAUUCAGGACAAUCGAGAGCAUCGAGGACGUCCGUUGAAGAUCGCUUAUACUGCCAUGCAUGGAGUUGGUUAUCCGUUUAUAGAGGAGGCAUUUGUUCAUGUUAACCUUGAACCAGUUGUGCCUGUGAGCCAACAAGUUGAGCCCGAUCCAGAAUUCCCAACGACACCAAUGCCAAAUCCCGAAGAGGGCAAGCAAUCCCUUGAUUUGGCCAUUAAAACAGCCACUGAACAUAAUUGUCAAAUCAUUUUGGCCAACGAUCCGGAUGCAGAUCGUCUGGCAGUUGCUGAAUAUGAUCCUAAGACUAAAAAGUUCAAGUUAUUCAACGGUAAUGAGCUGGGAGCCUUGCUUGGUUAUUGGUCUCUGCUCACCUAUAAGGAGCGUGAACCAAAAGGAGAUUUAAGCAAUUGUGUUAUGAUCUACAGCACGGUUAGUUCAAAGAUAUUGAAGUCCAUGGCUGCCAUCGAAGGCUUCAAAUCCUACGAGACGCUGACUGGUUUCAAGUGGAUGGGCAACAAAGCCGAGGAAGAAGAAUUGGCUGGCAAGAAGGUGCUGUUUGCGUUUGAGGAGGCCAUUGGCUUUAUGGUGUCCACCACUGUGCUGGACAAGGACGGCGUCAGUGCUGCAGCCCAUGUGGCAACAAUGGCACGUUAUCUGCGAUGCCAGGAGAAGAGCAUUACGCUGCUGGAGAAAUUGCAUGAGAUUUACAAAACUUAUGGCUAUCACACCAGCAUCUGCUCCUAUGUCAUCUGCCGUGACCAGCUGUUAAUUAAACAAAUUUUCAACCGCCUGCGCACCUUUGACAAUGGCAAAGAAAACACUUAUCCCAACAGCAUCUUGAAUGGCGAAUUUAAAAUUGAACAUGUUCGCGAUUUGACCACCGGCUAUGACAGCAGUGCUGCUGAUAAAAAGGCCACACUGCCGGUCAGCUCCAGCUCCCAGAUGAUAACGUUUACCUUCGAGAAUGGCCUGAUCGUGACCUUGCGCACCAGCGGCACCGAGCCCAAAAUGAAGUACUACGCCGAGAUGUGCGGAAAGCCGAAAGAUGAGAACUGGGAUGAGCUGACGAGAACACUUAACCGCAUGGUCGAGGCCAUUGUCAAUGAGUUCUAUGAGCCCGAAAAGAACGGACUCCAGCGCAAAGCCUCUGACUAAAUACAUAAAACGAAUUUGAUGUCACAUUCUUCAUGUGAAUUGUUCCCAGUUGCCCGCAAAAAGCAGCAACAACAACUCUUGAACACUAUAACCAACCAAAUAUAUAUAGGACAAAAGAUGUUGAAUUAGUCAUAGCUUGAUCUUUAUGUGUUUUUUAACGAAUAUAUGUAUAUGUAUGUUUAACACAAUAUUUAUAAACAGUAACUGAUUUUAUCCAAAUAAACAUUUCCAAUUGGCA